AUGUAUCUUUCUAAACUAACAACAUUUCUUGCUCUUUCCAUGAUGCUAAUGGGCCUUAUAAAUGCAUCUACUGGCUCCUUGGAAGAAAAAUUAGAAAAGGAUUGGCAAGCGCAAAAGGAUUUCUUGUUAGAUAUUGAUGAUGUACGAUCAGAUGCUAUCGAGAAUGUUACUGAUAUAUUUCUGACUGUAACAGCAAAAUUAGUUAGAGCGGGGCGACUAAUGAUCCAGAUUAAACGUCGCAUGGUAAUACUAAUAGAUGCAAUUGGUGAAUUGAGUUAUGAUGCGCAAUGGGCAUUAUUGGGAUGGUUUGGUGCAAUGAUUUUUUUCCCACUUUUUACAGGCGCAGUUGUCGCUACUAUUAUAUCAGUAUGCUUCCAAAAUGAACUAAUAAAUUUGCAAACUCUCUUGCAUACUCGUUGGGAUGUAGGUGAUAAACCAGAUAUUAUAACUGAAAGUAAAAUGAAACGACGUCUUGGUAACCUAGCAAUGCAGCGUUUGUUCCAACAAUAUAGUCGUCGUCCGGAGAAAAUGUUACCCAUACAAGGAAAACGUGACCCUGAAGCAUUGAUCCGUAUUAAGCAAGAAUUACCAGAACCUAAAGAAGUAAGCAAUCUUGGUUGA